AGGGAAAAAAUCCUAGGAAAGGAUUUACAAUAAAAUAUCACAGCUACAGAGCAGGGGAGUGAAGGCAGCAGGGGCUCCUCAGUGGCUCACUGUGCCUCCCUGGCGGGGUUUGUGUGCAGAUGGUGCUGAUCCCAGGAGGGGUGUUCACCAUGGGCACCCAGGAGCCUCAGAUCCAGCAGGAUGGAGAGGGCCCUGCCCGCAGAGUGCACCUUGGCAGCUUCUACAUGGACCAGUACGAGGUCAGCAACCUGGACUUCGAGAGCUUUGUCAACUCCACGGGCUACACCACCGAGGCAGAGAAGUUUGGUGACUCUUUUGUGUUUGAGGGGAUGCUGAGUGAGGCAGUGAAGGCUGACAUCCACCAAGCAGUGGCAGCUGCUCCCUGGUGGUUGCCUGUGAAAGGAGCCAGCUGGAGGCACCCUGAGGGCCCUGACUCCAGCAUCUCCAGCAGAAUGGACCAUCCAGUCCUUCAUGUUUCCUGGAAUGAUGCCGUGGCCUUCUGCACGUGGGCAGGGAAGCGGCUGCCGACGGAGGCUGAGUGGGAGUACAGCUGCAGAGGGGGCCUGGAAAACAGGCUUUUCCCAUGGGGCAACAAACUGCAGCCCAAAGGGCAGCACUAUGCCAAUGUCUGGCAGGGAGAGUUCCCCACCAAUAACACAGCAGAGGAUGGGUACAAGGGGACUGCACCUGUCUCUGCCUUUCCCCCCAAUGGUUACGGCCUCUACAACAUGGUGGGCAACGCCUGGGAGUGGACCUCGGACUGGUGGGCUGUGCACCACUCCCCCCAGGAGCUCCACAACCCUCAAGGGCCGUCCUCGGGCACGGACAGAGUGAAGAAGGGUGGAUCCUACAUGUGCCAUAAGUCCUACUGCUACAGGUACCGCUGUGCAGCUCGGAGCCAGAACACCCCCGACAGCUCCGCGUCCAACCUGGGCUUCCGCUGCGCCGCCACCGCCCCGGGGCCACGCUGAGCCACGCUCACAGGGCAUGGGCCUGGGCACAGCAAGGGCUGCAUCCCACCCAGGGAGAACAGAUGUGAGCAGUGCCCCUUGCUGAUGGCACACAAUGGAAAAACCUUGCUUCAAGUUCCUGCCGAGGGAAGAAAAACCAGCACGACUCGAGAGCGCGUGGAGAACCUUUGUGUUCGUGAGCAAUCUGGCCCGGGUGUUUUGUUCCAGUUGAAUCCAAAACUGAGCAGAAACAUGCCAAUCAUGUUUUCAAAGAUUACUUAAUCCCAGAAUUAGGCUUGAAAAAACCUCCAGAAUUCUUGAGUCCAGCCCUUGACUGAUCACCACCCUGUCAACUACAACAGCUCCUCUUUAGAGAGGAUCUUUAUGAAUUAGUUUUAUUUAUGUAGAGCUUCUACACUCAAAUGCAAUAAACAAAGACUUUAUAAACUUCUAGACAGCUUUAAAAGAAAUUCUAGGCAAUUAGGAAAUUGUAGGCAGCUUUGAGAGACAAUGAAGGAGUCACGAAUGAGGGCUGGGAGAUGACAGCUCUCCCCACAGGCAGCUUGCCCUUUGUUACAUUCCACUUGCAGUGAAAAUCAUGUCCAGAAAUGGGCUUCUCCUGGGGAGAUACUUGCUGCUCUUUAGGAAGUGCCUUCUGCAGCUGAGGGAGAUGAUCCUCAGGGUGAUAAUGAUUAGAAAUCUUGUACAUACUUGAAUAAAGUAUCAAGCAUUUGUUUAUACCAAAGACUUUUAUUGAUGGCAAAACACAAUUUCCUUUGAAUUUCUUGGACACAGUGUAGGCUUAUUUUAGGGAUUUGGAAAAUGCAGUACUGGCCUCAUUAGAAACUGAAGCUAAUGAAUGAUUCCCCUUGAAUAAAAGUCAUGGAAGUGAUGGCAGAUGGACUGUGAGCCCUAAGACCUAGUAGGGCAAAUUUCUAAACUGUUCUGUUGAAAAUAAAAUUCCUCACUGAAAAGAAGAGGAAUUUUAGCAAGUGAGAAGGGAAAUGGGAGCAAUUGAAAGCAACCUUGUUUUGGGAUCUGAAUGUGAUGGUGCAUUAACAAAAGCCUUGGCAUUGAUGCUGGUCCUUGCCAGUGUUGUCUUUGCUGUAGAAAAUUGGGUUUGAGUUUAAUGCAAAUCCAUCACCUGGCAGCUCCUUCUGCAGUGGUUUCAUGUUGAAAAGGUGACACAGGAGAAUGCCUGGACAGCCCUUCACCAAACACCAGCCUCCAGCAGGGUCCAGGUAAGCCCAGUGAGCAGAAAAAUCUAUCCCAGGACACAGCAUGGCAUGGCACAAUACUGAUAUAUUGAUAAUCAUUAUUGCGCUCGGAGAAGAAAGGAGGAGGGAGGAUGAAAGGAAGCUCAGAGCCUUUGGAGCUGUUGGACUGGAUUCAUUGUGGAAGAGCACACUGAGCUGUGAAGGGCAGGCUGGGACUCUGAAGCUGAAAGGAGUCUGAAGGAGAAAGUGAACAGAAAUUCAGCAGAUACAACAAGGCAUCUAUUUUUUUCCCAGUUUCUUGACAGGGAAUUUUUUUAGUAAGAUUCUGGUGCACUCCCCCAGGCAGCUGCAGUGCCGAGGCAUGGUGGAGUACAUGCUGUAUGGAAAAAGGCCAUUAACAACCGUCAGGAUGGUUUAGAAUUCAAUUAACAAUUAUUUUGUUUUUGCAAGGCCCUCAGGGUGGCUGUUUUGAGCAGUCCAGCGCUGUUCCUGUUCUGAGCUGGGAAGUUUGCUCCAAGCAGAUAACUGGGAUCAGGUCACUCCCAGGAGCUGCAGCGCUGGCGUGGGCUGAGGGCUCGGAUUGCAGGGACAGAGAGGGCUCAGCUGUGCUGCUGCUCUAGGGCUGUGAUCAAGGACCAGAUACUGCUCAAGGUGGUUGGAUUUUUUUUAAUCUGCACUUCCUUAACUACUCAGAAUCAUGCCAAGUGCAUACUCAUAACAGGAAGGUAACAAACCGUGCUGUCAUGCUGAAAACGAGGAGUGCAGAUGCUGUAACGCUCAUCUUGAAACCUUUCUCAGGAGGGAAAGAGGAAGUGGAUUGGAUCAUCUGCUCCCAGCCCUGUGGUCUGAAAGUGGUUGGCGUGGUGCCUUUUCAGGGAGAAAACCAGAUAAAACUCUCUUCUGCCCAAGAGACCUUGCAGUCCAGGCUGCCCUGGAAUCCUGUGCAUUCCAAGGUAUGGGGUCUAAGGAGUUUCCCUGCUAUAACAGCAGGAACCCUAAGAGGCAAGGACUGAAGUUAAUGUCCACUCAGCCUGUGAACUACUUCUGACAGCAGCUGAAAUCCUUUGGAAGGUUCUGCACCGGCAGAAAUGACGCUUAAUGAUUAACCCUAAGAGAAAUCACCUGGUGAUGUUUGUCUUAACAUAAACCACAGCUGUGUCUAAACCCCAGCAGCAGCAGGAAGGCACUUAAAGGGAGAGGUUAAC